UGCUCCUCUCCUUUUUGUUCUGUUCAUAACCUAGUGAAAUAAAUUUAGAGUUGACAAACAUCCCUUUGACUUUGCUUUGUACAGAUAUACGAUUAUGUUAACGGUUUUGUGGUUCAUAUUUACUUGUCAGUGACUAUGGCAGUGUUGUUUAUCUUUGCAGGACCUCCGCUCUGUACCGGUUGUGGUCAGCCGAUCCUCGACCAGUUCAUUAUCAGGGUCCAAGGACGUCUGUGGCACGCGACAUGUCUGCGGUGUUCCGCUUGCAACACAACUCUCACGGGUACAUGCUUCGCCCGGGGUUCCCAGGUCUUUUGUCAAGAAGAUUUCAUUAGACUGUUCGGCGCGCGGUGUGCGGGGUGUGGCGAAGGGAUCCCCCCGUCAGACGCGGUUCGCCGAGCGCACGAGAACAUCUACCACCUGACCUGCUUCACGUGCGUCGUGUGCGACCAGGAGCUGAGGACGGGGGAAGAGUUCUUCCUCAGGGACGACGGCCGCCUCGUGUGCAGACCCGACUACGACAGGGCCAAGAGCGAGGAUGAGGACCAGGAGGUGGACAUGUUGAGAAGGUCAAGGACGUAUAUUUCUGAGCAGCAGGCGGACUCCCUGACUAAGGCGUUCAACUCCUGCUCCAGACCCUCGCGGGAGAUGCGGGACAGUCUGGCCGCCGACAUCGACCUGGAUGCCCGGGUUAUUCAGAUCUGGUUCCAGAACAGACGGGCCAAGAGCAGACGAGACCGGACCGAUUCCUUCCACCAGGAUCCGGUUUGGACUGGUUCCUCCGUAGAUAUGACGGAACUUCCGGUUGGGUUUCCACUGCCGAUCGUCAAUGAAGCAUACCCAAGAACAAGACCAAUUCAAACCACAACAACCAAUCAGCACCCCACGACAUCAACUUCCGGCGAAACAAGCGCGACUUUACCGUGGAGCUUUUCUCCAGAAAUGUGGUCGGUAGAUUUCGUUCCUCCAAAUGUUGAUCUUGAACCCUCGGACAUUAAAGAUGGCGAAGUGUGUCCCAAUAAACGUAGUUUCCCAUCGUGGGCGGGGCAACAGCAGCUGACGUGUCACAGUGAACCAACCAAUGGAAACAGUCAGAUGGAUCUAUCGUGGCUGCACUGUGCUAACUGAGAGUUAAAUCAACGUCAUAUACAAACGGGGAAUUGUAGACGUUGGAAGUGUGUGCGGUGGAAGGGAGCGCGUGUCUCUCAACACUUAAGAAUAUGCAUUGUUUUCCACCCUCCCCCACCAUUCCAGUUGAAAGUCGAAGUGAUAAAGAACUAGCUCCACCAUUUGCUUUCGUCUUUUGACACUGAUAUGGAUAUUGCCUAUUUAAAAGGCAAUGCACAAUGUUUUCACGCACCAUCCAAGUCAUUGUCUCUAUGGUAACAUACGAUUGUGUUGUAUAUCCAGGACAAACCUAAUGUCUCAUGAACUAUAUUAGUAGGUUCAUGUUUAUAGAACAUUCCAACAUACGGGUUGUAAUAUUUGUAUUAAGUGAUGUA